GCUCCAGUCUCCUUAUUAAGAUUUUUUAGAGCAACGAAAAACUCAAGAACCUAAAUUGCUACAUACUUCGUUCGUAAUCAAAAUCAUCGACAAGAAACAAGAAAAAUAUGUUGUCUGAAGUAAAUUUUGUCCAUGGCGCGCCUCAUGUCGGCAACGACCCAUUUUCUUUGGGCGCAAGUCCACCAGGGUGCGCGCAGUCCGAACACGAUGUUUACCCGCCUGCACAUUUCGAGUGGUAUCAAGACCUCGUUGAUUUAUGUGUACAACGUUUUGAAUCGUGUAGAUAUAUUUCUUCUUUGCCUAAAAAUCACUUCUAUGUCGUUCAUGGAAUUGAAUGCAGUAUUUAUUAUCUUCUGCUAGGUUGGCUCAUUGAGAGGCGGUUUAGAGGUACAACGUAGCCACAAGAAAGAAUAUUAGAGUGGUCCAAAAAAAUAUUAACAAAUCCUAUGUAUGAAUAUUUAUUUUCCUGUAAGUAAGAACUUCAUUUCCAAUUGCAUCUCCCCAACGAGAGAAGCUCAUCUCCUUCAUAUGCGCAAGCUGGUGGCGCAGUCCAACGGGCUCUGAUUGCAACGACAUACGCGAAGAAACUGGCCGCAAAGUCCGCUGCAUUAGGGAAUGUGGCCUUGCGACAGCUAGGUGCCAUCAAUGCGGGGGCCGCCAGCUCAGGAAGGAUCGCGCUUGGUGGCCGCGCGUCCCUUGGCGGAGGCAGCGUGCGCACGGCGGCGGACUACCUGGAAGCGGCGAAUCAAAGCGCAAAAGACAAUCUCCUUACUAGUAACGGCACUGGGAAUGUCUUAGGAAGCGGAGCUGCAGUCGACCCAGGUGACGAGGCGUUGGUCCCCUGGUCGGGCUCGGCCUGGCACGAGAAGGAGAGGCUAUCGCAGCACACUGGCCUGCCGUUGGAGCAGCGGGACUACAACGAUGUGGCGGCGGAAGCAGGUCGCAAGGAAGAGAAGCAACUGCGACUGAACGGGGAAGGCACAAAUGUGAACCGCAAUGGCAUGGAAAGCGAAAUAACCGGUCAAGAAUUCGUGCCGACCUUGCGCGCAGACGAAUACAAAGAUGCAGCGCCGAUCGAAGUGCAAUCCCACAGAACGCAAGAAUUGGGUUUUACCGAUACCAAUCAGACAGUCGAUGCGACUAUGCCACAUGGUUUCAACCUGCUCGUUUUUCUUGGUCUCGCUUAGCACUGGCGUCGGAGAGAAAAAUGAAACGAUAAUUUUUGACAUGCCACAGCGUAUUAGUUGUCUUCAUGAAAUGAUUCCUUUGGUAAGCAAGUAUUUGUAUUGUGAUAGUACAAGAAAGAU